UUCCUUUGUAUUCAGAAAGACUUUAAUUCCAUUUGACUUAAAAAUGUUGCUUAUUAUCAUCCUCAACCUUAGCUUAGCUUGCUGAGCAUGUAUGCCCUGAUAAUCUGAUACUUAUAAUUUUUGUUCUCCCUUUAAAAUUCUCUUUGUUGUAGGAAACUUGGUCGUUUCAAAAUUUUUGUAAUUUCUAAAAUGGCUGAAUCAUUGUUUUCUUUGGUAUAUCAAGAAAAGAUGAAAAAUGAGAGUUUAUAUAGUGCUAUAAUACCAUUACUAAAGCUUAUCUCCUUAACCUUAAUUGGUGUUCUUUUAGCACAUCCGAAAGCCAAACUUGUACCAAGAGCUACAUUUAAGCUCCUAAGCAAGCUUGUAUUUGGCCUAUUUUUGCCCUGUUUGAUUUUCACCAAUUUAGGCCAAUCUAUCACCUUUAAGAACUUCACCCUUUGGUGGUUCAUCCCUUUAAAUGUCGUUCUCUCAAUCGUUAUAGGCUCGUUCUUAGGGUACCUUGUAACCAUCAUAUGCCGCCCUCCACCUGAAUAUGUCCGGUUUACUGUGAUCAUGACCGCGUUAGGGAACAUGGGAAAUCUUCCUUUAGCUAUUAUAACCUCGGUUUGUCAUUCAAAGAAUCAUCCCUUUGGAAAAGAUUGUGAGAAGAAUGGUGUGGCUUAUGCUUCUUUUGCUCAAUGGGUGGCUGUGGCUCUUGUUUAUACCUUUGUUUAUCAUAUGAUGGAGCCUCCUUUAGAAUACUAUGAGGUUGUGGAAGAAAGCGAUUUUGAGGAUGAGAUUCAAGACAAGGAAUAUGAUAUGAUUAUUCGCGAUGAUAAUGAGCUAAGUAUGCCACUUCUUCAUGAUGCAGAGUGGCCAGGGAUAAAAGAUAAGGAAAUUGAUUACUCUAAGACACCCUUUGUUGCUCGAGUCUUUAAUUCUUUAUUGUUUGAUUCCCUUAGAUCACUACCCGAGUUAGGGACACUCGAAGAAGGCCAAGAAUAUGAUGAUCCUAAAUCAAGAAGGUGUUUUCCAGAGCCAAAAAUGGUAAGAAAAAUCAGGAUUGUAGCAGAACAAACACCAAUUAAGCACAUUCUUAGCCCACCAAUAAUUGCUUCUUUCUUAGCCAUAAUUAUUGGUAUGGUGCCUGAGCUUAAAGGGUUUGUUUUUGGUGAGGAUGCCCCUCUUUCUUUCAUCACCGAUAGUUUUCAAUUCAUGGCGAAUGCAAUGAUGCCCUCUGCUAUGCUCGUGUUGGGUGGGAUGCUAGCCGAGGGUCCAGAGGAGUCUAGGCUCGGUAUAAAAACUACUGUGGGGAUCAUUGUCGCGAGGCUCUUGGUGCUUCCUUUAGCUGGGAUUGGAGUGCUUGUUUUGGCUGAUAAGUUAGGUCUUUUGGUUGAAGGUGAUCAAAUGUAUAGGUUUGUGAUUUUGCUGCAUUAUGUUACACCUAGUGCUAUAUUACUUGGUGCUAUUGCUAGCUUAAGGGGUUUUGCAGUGCAAGAAGCCUCAGCGCUUUUGUUCUGGCAGCAUGUACUUGCUGUUGUUUCAAUUUCUGUGUAUAUUUUCGUGUUUUUUAAGUUUCUUCUCAUGUCUUCGCUAACUUAAGGGUUUUUGUUAGAGAUAUGGGAUAUCAGAGAUAUUGAAAAUAUAUUGAUGUGAUAUAACUUCCGACAUGUCUAGUAUCUCAUCUUGUUAGCGGCGGACUAAAAUUGUGAAUUUUGUUGUAAAAGCAUACGUUGUGGUGAUUGUAUAUGACUUGUUUAUAUAAUUA